AUGGCUCAAAGCCUGGGGUCGUCGUCCGAAGGCGUGCUGCCAGCGGAGCCACCACAGCCAGCGAUCCCGACACCUCCAUUACCACAUCGCUGCGAACCAUCUGGAGCGGCACAUGUGGAAGACAUAAUGGACAGGCCAAUGCCAUCUGUUGAGGUGUCUUCUCCUACAAUCGUAGUCGGUAGUGAUAAUGUUAUCGCUCGGGCUAAAGUGGUCAUUGAAGAUCUUGCUGAAGAAGCAAAACGCCGGCUCACUGAUUUUUUAUGGACCCUCGACCCUAAGAGCUGCGUAAUAUGGCGCAGGAGUCACUAUGCGGACUCCAACGACUCAAGAUCACGCUCAGUAUCUAUCACAGCGCAGCGAGAUUUUGCAGCCGAUAUUUGUAUACGGUGUUUCCGGCAAUGGGCAAAAGCAAUUCGCAACGACGAAGAUAUUGUCGACUGCGUUACAGAUAAACUGAGGCGGAAGAAGUGUGAAUCAUGUUCCGCGCGACGGAUUGCAUGCGAAUAUAUCCCGUAUGAUGGGGUGAAGGACCUCCGAAUCCUUAAGACACGAAUGGAUCAUGCACAUGCCGCCGACCUUCCGAAAGCACGCCAACAAUUCGUGGAACAAUACUGGGUACUCGAUGGCUAUAUAUUCAACCACCCUAUUGCUGCGGAAAUCAACCGGAAACCGAAAGCGACGGCCAAUAAAAGGGCUCAACGCCAAGCACGUCGGAGUAUUGAGAGACCAGACCAUGAACUGCGGAGCCAGACAGAGGUAAAGAUUGAGGACUCCUCUUGA